CGAAAACCGCCUCCGAGGAGAACAGUUCCGCCGUGCCGGAAGUGAGGACUGGGCGUCUGCUUGUUUCGCAGGUCUGCCUCUGCUUGUGUGUCUAUGGAAGCAGCGGAGGCGGCCGAGCGGAAGUAGCCGGGCAGGGACUGAGGCGAGGCGGCUGCGAGGGAGUCACCGAAGAGGAUGAACAACAAAUUCGACGCUCUGAAGGAUGAUGACAGUGGAGAUCAUGACCAGAAUGAAGAGAACGGCGCACAGAAAGAUGGCUGUGGUUCCGGGGCCGGCUGAGCACCCCCUGCAGUAUAAUUACACCUUCUGGUACUCCAGACGGACACCCGGGAGGCCCACCAGCUCUCAGAGUUACGAACAGAACAUCAAACAAAUUGGCACCUUCGCCUCCGUGGAGCAAUUCUGGAGGUUUUACAGUCACAUGGUUCGUCCUGGGGACCUGACAGGCCACAGCGACUUCCAUCUUUUCAAAGAAGGCAUUAAACCCAUGUGGGAGGACGAUGCCAACAAGAAUGGUGGCAAGUGGAUCAUCCGCCUUCGGAAGGGCUUAGCCUCUCGGUGCUGGGAGAACCUUAUUCUGGCCAUGCUGGGAGAACAAUUCAUGGUGGGGGAAGAAAUCUGCGGGGCGGUUGUCUCAGUUCGCUUCCAGGAGGACAUCAUCUCCAUAUGGAACAAGACGGCCAGUGAUCAGGCGACCACCGCUCGGAUACGGGACACGUUGCGGCGAGUGCUGAACCUGCCCCCCAACACCAUCAUGGAAUACAAAACGCACACAGACAGCAUCAAGUACUCUGUCUCUUUUCUCUCCUUCCUCCCCAACCCUGCAAGCUCAUUUUCAUUUGGAAGAAGGUUCAACCCCAGGAGUCAGACGUUCUUAAGCUCUGGAAUCGCCAUGCGUUGACAGUCCGCCCUGCGGCACAGAUCCUCGCGGAUCCCUCUUUGUGUCUAGGAGCUCAGACAAAAGGGCUGCUUCCAGUUGCUCCUGAGCAGUCCAGUGGGUUUGGGGGGUUUGCUUCUUCGCCAGAGUGGUCCUCUGUGGUGAUGGGAUUGAUCUCGUGCCCCGGUGCAUUGUGGGGAGCAAAGGGGUCGGGGACAUGAGCUCAUGAGAGAAACAAAGGAACGUGAGGAGUUGCCAAAGUUAACGUGCUCCUUAAUUAAGCCCCCUUACAGCAGGCAUUGACAGCUUCUGCAGAGAGCACAGUGACUGAGGCGGAAUGGGCCACAUAGAGUGAAUGGCCCUCUUCCUUAGCCACUAGAAACAUCUUUCCCCCCCGCCCAGGUCACCCCAUAAACACAUUUCACAAUGUCCCAUGUGCAUCUUUACUGAGAACCUGCUCAUCCUGCACCCAUUUUGGAGAGUGGGCUUCAGUGAAGGGGUUGGUAUUUGAGAAUGAACUCACAGCACACCCACACAUAGCAAGGAUAGCGAGGAUAAGAUGUUGAGCAGGAUCUAGAGCAUCUAGGAUUCCCCAGCUAAAUCUUAAGGCGACAGAACUACUUGUUGAGAUUGAAAUGGGGCACGUGAUAUAAAUAGGUUUUGCUUACAUUUGUUUCUGAUUUUAAAACGUGAACAUCUUUUUUUAAAAAAAGAAUGGAUUUUGUUGUGAAGGAGUAACAUUGGUGAUUUUGGGGUGAGAUUUCUGGUAGGUUGUAGGGCAGUGAGUAUGUAGGGAUCUAGGAGCAAAGGGUUUGGAGAAAAUCCAUUGUUUGCCUAGAAGCCUAACCCUGCACCCUCUCUGGCUUCUGAGCAGAUUUCUGCAAAAGCUUGGCAAGCCAGCUGAUUUUUUUUAAUAUACAGUAAAGUUAGUUAUUCUUAGUUAGUUAUUCUUUAUUUAUAUCCUGCCAUCCUUCCAAUACUGGAACUUCUGGCGGCUUCCAGAUAAAAGCACAUAUAAUUAAAACAUACAGAAUCUACAUUAAAAUGAAAUUAAACUACAUCCAAUAUUAAAACCAAUCAUACUGCUAGAUAAAAAGUCCUUCAUCUUUUUUUCUCUCCAACAUUGGCCUCUGAGAAAUCCUCAAGUAGGGCAUGAAAGCACUCCUAGUAGCAUCUACCAGUCACUGGCAUGCAGAGGUAGACUGCCUCUGAAGCUGGCAGUUCCAUUUAUCUAUUAUGGCUCAUAGCCUUACUGAAAUUAAUCUUGCAAACUAGGUGAAGACCUGCAGGUUCGAUGGGCAGGGAAGUCCCCCGUUUGCCUCUUGCCCUUCCAAUCUGUGAGAGACCAAGAGCAUUCAAAGGGUGCCAAAGAUGGAGCCCUUGGGGAUGUUUCAGAUGAACCUGUGCGCUGCUCACAAGUAGCCUGACCCUCUCCACACCUGAGCCUCGCUUGAACAUAGGGAGAAGGCACCUCUGGCGCAGCCCAGGAUUGUCUUCGCUUUUGGAGGGGGGUGUCAUGUGAAGCCCCUCAUGCACUUGAUGGUCACUGUGUAGCGCUUCUCUCCCUCACUGGUUGUGCAGUUGGUGGCCACAUGAAGUGUUCUCCAUGCAUGCAGCUGUGCGUGGGUGGAGCUCCUCUACCUGAGGGAGGACCCUGGUUGGCCCAGGAGCUCUGUGCAAAUCCAUCUGUAUGCAAGAAGGGCCCCUGCAUGCAGCCGGCAGAGAGCUAUGCAGACCAGUCCCCUCUCGUGUUCUUUCCAGGUGCAAGCGCGGUUACCCCCCUAUUAAAAUAAUCAGCCGUCUUUCUUUCUAAAAAGGAGGGUGCUAUAAUGACUGCAUAAUCAGCCCUUGCCUUAACACAGUUUGAUGGGGAUCUUGGCAAAACGAGCCCAGCUGAAAUGAACAGGAGCUGUAGAAAGUGGUUCUCGUUCAUUUCAGAGGGGCUCGCAGAAAAGGAGGUUCAGGUGAGCUCUCGCCUUGUUUGUUACUUGGCAAUUCUCCCUUCAGGGUGGGGAGGAUGCCUGUUGCCCUGUGGGCCCUGCCAUUCACCGUCAGUCACACAAGAACGACAGGCCCCUAGAACAUCAUCUCAUACCUUCUUGCCGUCUUCGGAGUGCCGGUGCGGAUCUGCCAGAUAAGCCUCUGGCAAGGUGGGAGCGGUGGGUCAUGUGCAUUGCGUGUAGAAGCUUCCCAUUAGAAGGAUUUGGAAGAUAACCUCUGCCUUCAACCCAGAGAAGUGGUGCAAGAGUACGUAGGAAUGUGAGCACCUGAAGUCAGACAACUGGCCCAAUCUGAUCCACUCUUGUCUACUCAAACUGUCAGUGCCUCUAAAGUCUCAUGCAGUCUGAAACCCUAUUCAAAAUCCUUUUUAACAGCAAUUGAGCCUGAAACCACCCAUGUAUACAAUGUAUGUUAUUGACCAUUCAGUUACAGCAGCUCCCAUAAGGCACUUCUGGGCUGGAUAGACCAAUAGUCUGACAUAGCAGAAGGCAGGUGCAUUCGGGGUCGGGCUGUAGCUCAGUGUUAGAGCAUCUGCUCUGCUUGCAGAGAGUCCCAGGUUCAACCCCCAGCAUCUCCAGGUAGGGCUGGAAUAGAUUCCCAGUCUGCAAUCCUGGAAAGUUGCUUCUAGUCAGGGUAGACAAUACUGAACUAGAUGGACCAGUGGAUCUGAUUCGGUCUAAGGCAGCUUUCUUUGUUCUUGGGUAACAGGGCUUGUGUCCUGGUCUGAAAACUAGCAUUACAGGGAGAAACCAGUGAAGGGGAGCAGGCGUUGUGAAGGCCAACUCCUGCCUGCCUCUUCCCCCUGCGCUGCUUUGGAAGAGUUCUAAAGAGCAGAGUCACAGCAGAAGCGAGCCACUUGCAUGCCUGGCAUGUAUCUGAUCACACAGGGCGAACAUCUUCUCUCCAAGUCUAUCUCCAUUUGUUUGGCUCUGCAAAGUAGACAGGUUUCCCCCCCCCCUUGCUACUCGCUUAGCUCAUCAGUGAGAAAAAUAGCACCAAUGGAGGCAACAUUAUGCCCGUUCCCGAGAUUUAUCUGAAAGCACUUUUGCUGCAGAUAGUGAUCGCAUUUUUAUGUUUAUUGUGGGUGUCAUUAGCAAAGCAGAUUUAAGGCAGGACAUGAGUGGUAACAAUUGGCUUCCCCUUUCCAAUAAAAAAAUGGCUCUAUUAACAGGCUCGUGCACAGCCUGCAAAGUGAUGCAUUGCCCAGGAUCCUUCUAAGCCCUGAGUGAGGCAGGGUUGUUUAUUGCUUGUAAGCUCUCGGGUAUUGUGUUGUUUUGUUUUAAGCAGCAAAGCAAGGUUCCAGACUUCUUGGAAUCUCAUGUCUCCAGUGAAAGGGGUUUAGGUUGUGGGGCUGGGAAAUGUCUUGGCUUGAGUAUCUGGGUAGCUGGAUUUUGAGGCCUAUAUUGACAGUACUGGACUAGGUGUGUAAUUGCUCUGAAACAAUGAGAUGUGGCUUUAUAAUCAAGAUAAGCACUGACAAAUUGCCAGGUCCAGAUGGCAUCCACCCGAGAGUUCUCAAAGAACUCAAAUGUGAGAUUGCUCACCCUGGGCUCCUGCCAGGAGGAAGGGCGGGACAUAAAUCAAAUAAUAAUAAUAAUAAUAAUAAUAAUAAUAAUAAUAAUAAUAAUAAUAAUAAUAAUAAUUGCUGAUCUUCUAACAAAAAUAUGUAACUUGUCCCUCAGAUCCACCUCCAUGCCUGAGGACAGGAAAGUGGCCAAUGUAACAUCAAUCUUUACAAAGGGAUCUGGAUGGAUCCUAGGAAUUAUGGACCAGUUAAUGUCUGUCACGGGAAAACUGGUAGAAAGUAUUGUUAAAGAUAAAAUAACCAAGUGUAUAAAAGAGCGAGCCUUGCUGAAGCAGAACCAGCAUGGCUUCUGUAAGGGUAAGUCCUGUCUCACUAAACUAAAGUUCUUUAGAGUGUCAGCAAGCAUAUAGAUAGAGGUCAUCUGGUUGACAAAAAGCUUUUGACAAGGUACCUCACCAAAGACUCCUGAGGAAGCUUAGCAGCCAUGGACUAAGAGGAGAGCUCCUCUUGUGGACCAGGAACUGGUUAAUUAGCAGGAAGCAGAGAGUAGGAAUAAACGGACAGUUCUCCCAGCGGAGGGCUGUGGAAAGUGGAGUCCCCCAAGAUCGGUCUUGGGACCUGUGCUUUUUAAUUUGUUCAUAAACAAGCUAGAGUUAUGGGUGAGCAGUGAGGUGGCCAACUUUGCUGAUGAUACUAAGUUGUUCAGGGUAAUGUAAUGUACUGCCUUCAAGUCGAUUCCGACUUAUGGCGACCCUAUGAAUAGGGUUUUCAUGAGGCUGAGAGGCAGUGACUGGCCCAGGGUCACCCAGUGAGCUCCAUGGCUAUGUGGGGAUUCGAACCCUGGUCUCCCAGGCCGUAGUCCAACACCUUAACUUUUUAAUUGCUUUUUAAUAUGCUUUUAAACCUUUUUUAAAACAAUAUGUUUUUUAACCUUUUUUAAAGAUGUCUUCAAAGCUUUUUAAAAAAAUGUUUUUAAAGUUGUUUUGUUCUAAUGUUAUUUUAAAGUCUGUUGUUAUCAUUUUUUAAGUGUUUUUAGUGCUUUUGUUUGCUGCCCUGGGCUCCUGCUGGGAGGAAGCGCAGGAUAUAAAUCAAAUAAUAAAUAAAUAAAUAGCAUCCUCCAGAUCUUUAAGAGUUAUAUCCUGUUUGCAGACAGUUUCAACCACAUUGAGAACGUCGUAACACCUACUCCCCCCCCCCCAAAAAAGCCCAACCACAAAGUACCUUUUCUCUAGAAAUUUUUUAACAUCCUCUCACACUUACUGUGUAGUAGAAUCUGCAGAACUUAUAAGGUGUAAAAAUGGAAAUGUACUGCCUUUAAGUCGAUUCCGACUUAUGGCUACCCUAUGAACAGGGUUUUCAUGAGGCUGAGAGGCAGUGACUGGCCCAAGGUCACCCAGUGAGCUUCAUGGCUGUGUGGGAAUUUGAACCCUGGUCUCCCAGGUCAUAGUCCAACACCUUAACCACUAUACCUCACUGGCUCUAGUAUACUGCUAUUUCAUUUAAAAAUGGCUCAAGGAACGGACACAGUUGGAGCACUAAUCUUAACUGUGCAAAAGCACUCCUGGCCACCGCAGAAACCUGGGACUCCAAAUAUAAGCAGUCAUGGCUUCCCCCAUGGAAUCCUGGGAAAUUAGUUUGUUAAGGGUACUGAGUGUUAUUAGGAGACUCUUGUUCCCCUCACAGAUCUACAGUUCUCAAUCCCUCUUCCUAGGGAACACUGAGAAUUGUCGCUCUGUGCGGGGUAUGUGUACUUCCUUCAAGUCGAUUCCGACUUAUGGCUACCCUAUGAACAGGGUUUUCAUGAGGCUGAGAGGCAGUGACUGGCCCAAGGUCACCCAGUGAGUUUCGUGGCUAUGUGGGGAUUUGAACCCUGGUCUCCCAGGUCGGAGUCAAACACCUUAACCACUACACCAAACUAGUUCAGGGUCAUUAAAACAAAAAGGGAUUGUGAAGAGCUCCAAAAGGACCUCUCCAAACUCAUGGAAUGGGUGGUAAAGAGAGCUGUUGCUAGUCGGGCAGUAUAUAAGCUUAAUUAAAUAAAUAAAUAAAUAAAAGCAGUUCAGUGUAAACAAGUGUAAAGUUAUGCAUCUUGGAGCAAAACUUGAUCUCACUUAUACGUUCAUGGGGUCUGAACUGGCGGUGACUGACCAGGAACGAGACCUUCGGGUCGUAGUGGAUAGAAAGAUGAAGAUGUUGACUCAGCAUGUGGCAGCUGUGAAAAAGGCAAAUUCCAUGCUGGGGAUCAUUCGGAAUGGUAUUGAAAAUAAAACUGCCAAGAGCGUAAUGCCAUUAUAUCAAUCUUUGGUGACGCCACAUUUGGAAUACUGCGUAUAGUUCUGGUUGCCUUACCUCAGAAAGGGUAUAGCAGAGCUGGAAAAGGUUCAGAAAAGGGCAACCAAAAUGAUCAAUGGGGUGGAGCAACUCCCUUAUGAGGAAGGUUGCAGCAUUUGGAGCUUUUUAGGAAAAGGAGAGUAAGAGGUGACAUGAUAGAAGUGUAUAAAAUGGUGCAUGGCGUGGAGAAAGAGGAUAGAGAGAAAAUUUCCUCCCUCUCUCAUAACCCUAGAACUCAUGGACAUCCGAUGCAGCUGAAUGUUGGAAGAUUCAGGACAGACAAAAUAAAGUCCUUCUUCACACAGCGCAGAGUUAAAUUAUAGAGUUCCCUCCCACAAGAGGCAGUGAUGGCCACCAACCUGGCUGGGUUUAUAAGGCUUUUAGAGCAAUCCAUGGAGGAUAAGGUUAUCAGUGGCUACUAGCCAUGAUGGCUAUGCUCCACAGAGGUGGGAUGCUUCUGAAUACCAGUUGCUGGACAGAGUUGCAGGAGGGAAGAGUUGCUCUUGCACUCUGUUCCUCCUUGUGGGCUUCCCAUGGGAACAUCUGGCUGGCCACUGUGACAACAGGAUGCUGGACUAGAUAGGCCACUGCCCUAAUCCAGCAGGCUCUUCUUAUGUCCCUUAUAUAUCCCGGAAAUAUGGGCUGGGGAGAGAAACUGUUAGAAGUAAGGAGAUUGUAUUGCUGCCUACAUUUGGUAGGAAGGGAUCAUACUUUGCAAGGAUGCUUUAUGUUCAGUCCCUGGCAUCUCCAGUUAAGAGGUUCACGGAGGACUGAGAGAUACUGGUGGCCAGCAGGUAGAUAAUACUGAGCUAGAUGUACUGGUAGUCUUGGCUCAGUGUAAGGCUGCAGAGGUAGGUCAUCACUCAGUGGACAGAUCACGCAGCCUUGCUUGCCAAAGGUUCAAUCCCUGCCACUUCCAGUUAAAUGAUCACACCCGUCAGGGCUGGGAAGGACCCCCUGCCUGGAGCUGUGAAGAGCCGGUCCUGGACAGACAGUGCAGGUGUCGAUGGGGUUAAUGGCCUGAAUCCAUACAAGGCAGCUUCAUACAUGUUUUAAUACAUCCGCAGUGUCCCCAACCGCCAGCUGUAUUUCUCUGUGUCCGAGACUGUUAUUAUUUGCUCAUUGUUCAGUGCUUGUGGAACUCUUCAGUACAACAGCAGAGGAAAACAUCAGAGGACUUUUCCCCAAGAACCCACCAAUCUAACUUGCAGCAGGGGAGGCACCAGCCGCA